AUGAUCCUCGGCCUUCUCUUUUGCUUAUUUUUCACCGUUCAAGCUGGAAGCUUAACGCUGCUAGAUAAGUCAACAUCUGACUGUUUGGCGGAGUGCAACUCUACCUUCAGGUCUGCUUGUGAACGAGGAUGCGUAUACGCGUAUGCGUUGACUAAGGCACCUAAGUCUUCUCCAUUUAACCCAUCCUGUACUGAUUCAUGCAAGGACUUUUACUCCAACUCGGUCGAGGAAGUGAAAACCUGUAUCUUUGGCUGCAAUGGCUAUAUCAACAGUGGCGAGAAACCUCAAAAUAGCUGGUUCAGUUCUAUCUUGGACCGUUUUAGAUCCCUUAUUGGCAAAAUAAGCGGUCAACUGACAUUCUCACAGAACACCGCUCCUGAAACUCAGCCGAUUUCGCAGCCUGACGAUCAAUCUAUCGUGACCCGCAUUCGAAUCUUUUAUUUCGCCCGUCCUGAGGAAUCAGAAGAUACCCCACGUAUAGCUUUUCCGGUCGUUCGUGAUACGUCUUCGUCGUUUCAUUCGGACUUGCAGCAGGACAAGAAAAGCGGUUUGGUUAAGGGCGACGAAGAACAUCGUCAAGUUGUGGACAAUUCACGCAACGUUAACAGAAGCUGGCAAUUUGCUUGUCUGCUACGAAGCGCAUUCGCCGAUCCCAUCAAACUUCUCUUUCUGGUUACACUUGUGGCUCUUCUUGUUCUACUGGUUGCUCAGUUUGUGCUGUGCAUUCAUCGACAGAGACGUUUUGCUCAUUAUAGCUACGUCGCUUUGCCCACUUACGCGGAAGCUGUCGACAUCAAGUUUCUUCCCUGUCUCGCUAUCCUCGUUAGCCCGCGUGGAUUCAUCGGCACAAAUUUUCGUCCUUUGCGGGCUUUACGAUUUACCUCCCAGAAUACCGCGAUGGUGAAUUGCUCUUACGAGUAUGUAAAGAACUUCGAGAUUAACGACAAAUGUCUGCCCCACACGUGGAUCGUUGUUCGCAUCGACGGGCAAGGUUUCCGCAGAUUCAGCGAGAAACAUUAUUUCCAAAAACCCAAUGAUAAGCGUGCUUUAGCAUUGUCUUGUAGAGCAGCCGAAAGUGUUAUGAUGCGUCAUGCGGACAUCAUCCUUGCUUACGGACAAUCAGAUGAGUUUAGUUUUGUAUUCCGCCGAUCCACCAUCGAAUUUAAUAGACGAGCAAGCAAAUUAUCCAGUACCGUGGUCUCUCUCUUCGCCUCCUCGUACGUACUCGCCUGGUCCGACUACUUACCGGAUACCAAGCUGUUGUAUCCACCUUCCUUUGAUUCUCGCGUCGUUUUGUACCCAACAAACCAGACUCUUCGAGACUAUCUCAGUUGGCGUCAAGUUGAUUGUCACGUCAACAAUCUUUACAACACAUGUUUUUGGAAGCUGGUUUAUAAUGGUUCCUUGACUCCAUCCGAAGCGGAAGAGCGGCUACGUGGAACGGUAUCCUCGGAUAAGAACGAAAUUUUGUUUUCCCAAUUCGGAUGCAAUUACAACAACGAGCCGGAGCUAUUUCGGAAAGGAACAGUCAUCUUCCGUAAAAAGGAACCGAAGGGAUCACUUGAACAAGCUAACGUCGACAUAAUCGGAGACACCUUUUGGAAGGCGCAUCCAGAAAUACUAGAACCUGACUGA